AUGGUGUUUAAACGCAGACAGAAGGCUACAGCGAGGACACGGAGAGAGGAGGAUGAGGAGAGCGCCGCGGUUACUGCGCACAGCGGGCCCGCCAGCUCCACUUGCCACUGAGGACAAAACAAGUCCGAAAUCCCUCACAUUUGUGUACUGACGUUCAAAUAAAGCCUCUGUGACACGGUCCGUUGAAUGUGAGUUUUUUAAGAGGAGAAGUGAAUGUUUGGAGAGCUCGACGGAGGACCUGCAUGCGCGUCUGUCGGAGGAGGAGGAGGAGGACCGUGCCGAGCAGAGAAACGUGGAGCUGCAGCAGCCCGGACGGCAGGCUGCAAACACACAGCGACACCACGAAAAAGAAAAGAAACAAGAUUGCUUUAUCUCGUCGGAUGUAUGAGAACUUGCGCUUGCCACCGUGGACUGAACUAUGAACUGAAAGGUUUUAAAGUUGUCAGGAGGAAUUACAGACGCACCCUGCAGCCCGGAGGAUCCGCAUCUUAGUUUUUUUUUUUUUUUUUUUUAGAAAGAAAACAACAAGGACGUCUGUUUCUUCUGAGGUUAUCCUGGAUGGUUGAGAAAAGAUGUUUAAUAGAGCGGAUUUACAUGACCGGGACAAGUUCUGAAUGUGUCACAUCGCAAACACAAGCAGCGAUUUGCUUUAAAAAUAAAAAGAGAAAGAACAAAAAACUCAUUCUCCAAAACCAAAGACAUCAAUUUGCUUAAGGAUCCAGGAACCCUGGCUUUGGUUUUAUCUUAUUAUCUUCUUUUUGUUUUAUUUAUUUAUUUUUUUUCAACACAACAGAGAAGACAAAUACCUCACAGUUUAAUUUAUUAAAUCUGGACUGGAUUUGAACGCCCAAAGGAAACUCAAACAUUUCCAUAUGUGUAAAAGCAUUUCCCCCCCUCCCCUCUCAACCUUUCAAAGAUAGAAAAAAGGAAUAACAAAUCAAAGGCUUUAUUCUUUUUUAAUUUUUAUUCUUAUUAUUUUCCAAACCAUGAGGAUUGAGACUAUAUAAAAAGCAGUUAAGAAACUAUUUGGUGUGGAUUACCACUGCUGCCGUUACCUCAGCUUGACCUCGACCUUCACAAAGUAGCAGAGUGCAGAAGGUUGGAACAAUGCCAGAUUCACCUGCGGAUGUGAAAACCCAGCCCAGGUCCACCCCACCCACCAUGCCUCCUCCACCCCCGGCUGUCAGCCAAGCAACGAGUCGCAAUGCCUCUUUCACACCGACCACCAGUAAAUCAAUGCUGAACGGGAGCAGCCACUCUCCUACGUCGUUAAAUGGUGCUCCGUCCACUCCCAACGGCUUCAGUAACGGGCCAGCCAUGUCCUCGACAGCCUCGUUGUCCAACCAGCAGCUCCCUCCAGCUUGUGGGGCCCGGCAGCUCUGCAAGUUGAAGCGCUUCCUCACCACGCUGCAGCAGUUUGGCAACGACAUAUCGCCGGAGAUCGGAGAGAGAGUUCGCAGUCUCGUGUUGGGAUUGGUGAACUCCACACUCACCAUUGAAGAGUUUCACUCCAAACUUCACGAAGCUACCAACUUCCCCCUGAGGCCUUUUGUCAUUCCUUUCCUUAAGGCAAACCUGCCCCUGCUGCAGAGGGAAUUGCUCCACUGUGCCAGGCUGGCCAAGCAGACUCCAGCUCAGUAUCUGGCCCAACAUGAGCAGCUUCUCCUGGACGCCAAUGCCAGCUCGCCCCUCGACUCCUCAGAGAUCAUGCUGGAGAUGAAUGAACAUGGCAAGAGAAGGACUCCUGACAGGACCAAAGAGAGCUCAGAGAGAGAUGGGCUGCACCCAGAGCACCUGGCCAAGAGACCCUGCACCAUCAGCCCCAGCCAGCGUUUCAGUCCCAGCACAGGUCUUCCUGCUCAUCCACCACCUAACGGCCUCCCUACACACCCUGCCAACGGCCUGGCCCACCCGCCCAGCCCGCAGGUGGGACCUCAGCAUUACCGCUUAGAAGACAUGGCCCUGGCGCACCAGUACAGAGACCCAUACAGACAUAAUGAACACCGCGACCCCCGAGAAAGGCAUCGGCAGACAGCAGUGCACGGAGCUCGUCAAGAAGAGGUGAUCGACCAUCGUCUAACAGAUCGGGAGUGGGCAGAAGAAUGGAAACAUCUUGAUAAUCUCUUGAACUGCAUCAUGGAUAUGGUAGAAAAGACGCGGCGCUCUCUGACGGUGCUGCGCCGGUGCCAGGAGGCUGACCGGGAGGAGAUGAAUCACUGGAUUCGGCGUUACAGUGACGUGGAGGAGAUGAAAAAAGGUGGGAGCAACGGACAGCACUGCCUACCUCCUCCUCCUACUACUCUUCCUCCUCGUACUCCUCACCACAACUCGUCCUCCAACACAGCUAGCAGCAGCGAAUCACUGCCAAUAGGAACUUCCUCGGCUGCUGAAAGGCAGACAGGCAGGCAGACAGAGACCCACAGAGACUUCUUACACAGGCCUCCCUCAGGAUACCUGCCUGAAGAAAUCUGGAGGAAAGCUGGUACUACAAGCAUCCCGCUCUCCCCAGCUCUAAAGCACCUCCAAAACAAGCAGGAAGAGGCGGUGAAUGAGGUGAAGCGACAGGCCAUGUCAGAGCUACAGAAGGCAGUGUCAGACGCCGAGAGGAAAGCUCAUGAGAUGAUUUCUGCCGAACGCUCUAAAAUGGAGAGGGCGCUGGCUGAAGCCAAGAGGCAAGCCUCGGAGGAUGCACUAACGGUUAUAAACCAGCAGGAAGACUCCAGUGAAAGCUGCUGGAACUGCGGGAGGAAGGCCAGUGAGACCUGCAGUGGCUGCAACACGGCUCGCUACUGCGGCUCCUUCUGCCAACACAAAGACUGGGAGAAGCACCACCACGUCUGUGGUCAAGGCCUGCAGGGGCUACCAGGGGGCAGCAGUGUUCCUCUAGGAACCCCCUCCUCCUCUUCCUCCUGCGCCUCAUCAGCAUCCUCCAGUGGUCCCUCGACCCACUCUGAGAGCACUCCUCCAGGACCUUUGUCCCUGGUAGGCCAGAGCAGUAUUACAGGAGGUGCUGGAGGCGGUGGUGGAAGUGUCUCCGCCAGCCCCAAAGAGAGCAGCUCCAGCAGCGUCUCUCGCUCCACAACUCCAGCGACUCCAGCCCUACUGGAUGCCACCUCUCGCUGAUGUCUGACCCUCGACCUCGCCUGCACGCUGAAGGGACAGUGCCCACACUCCACGCAAAACCAAACUGAGGAAUCUUCAUCAAACGCUGGUCCCUUUCCUCCUCCUUACUUGAGUCCUUCUUUUUUUCUCCUCUAAUCACAAACUUUAACGAAUAUCUUCUCAUGAUUGACUGGUUUUGUCACCCUCACUCCACAUUUCUUUCAUAUAACCACAACAACACCUACAAAGUUUCCAGCCUGGGUUUCAAAAAGCAGCCUAAAGCAUGAAUAUUGCAGUGUCUCCUGUCUAUGUCAUAGAAACAUAUCAAAUGCGUUUUCUGAGAUCAUGAGCUUUGACUUCAAGAUGUACCCUCUGUGAUAUAAGCACGGUAAAUAUUUCCCUCGAAAGGACACAUUAGAGGGGCUGCGAAAAGCCAAAAGUGAUGGGGGAUGUCUAGGCUGAUUCGCUCUUCAAUAGGAUUUCCCUUUAAUUUAGCACCAGUGGAAGAACAGUAACAAGCCCUAAGAUGUGCACUAGGGGUCCAAACAUUUAGCUGAUCUGGCAUUUCCACAGUUUCCUAAUGGAGACAGGCAAUGAGCAUAACCUUUUAUUUGAAAUGUAUGAGGAGAGGGGGAGACCUGUGAUGCGAUUUAUUCCUCAGAAACACAGCUUAGUACUUACUAAAGGUUUCUUUCUGGCUUUAAAGGAAAAAUAAAGAAAUGUCCAAAUAUUCUAAACAAAGAAUAAUAGUGAUGAUGAUGAUGCUGAUGAUAUGAAAAAAAAAUUUAACUGCUAACUACCUUGCUAGCGAGCCAAGAAAAUCUACACCGGACUCACCUCUCUGCAGCAUUAUGAACCCAAAUGAAUUCAAAGAUUAAAGAUAACAUGAUCCAAACACUUAUAUUACACUGCCAAAGUGAGUAAAUAAGCGAUAAAGAAAAGCACUCAUAACCAAACGGAAAGCAACAUCACCUCCUCAGCAGAUAAGCCAGCCCUGAGAGGACCAGGCUGCGGAGGAGCUGUAGAACUGGACCCAGAGUCCAACGUCAACAAACUGCGACCUGCUUUGAUCUGCAGCCGCCUCCUGCAGUCCACGGUUUAAAAAAAAGAAAAAAAAAACUACAGCGACUCCUCGGUGAUGGCCCAGACUAGUGAACAUGGACAAUGCUGUGAGCUUUCUUACAAGAUAGACUUAAGGAAACUGAUGGAAACCCUGCCACAGUGUGGUACUUCUGUGAAUGGUAGAGAGGACAAAAAGAGGAAACAGAAAGCUGCGUGGCCUCAAAGGAAAAAGGGAACGAAGAUCUGAAGCGGCAACGGAGCUGCCAAAAAAACUCAUCACAAGCUUGAAAACAUUGUCCAAGAAGGCAUUGCAUAUUGCAUAUUAUGGAGAGUUAUGGGAAGAUUGCUGGUAAUUCUUUUUUUAAGCUAACUAUGAGGAGAUAUUUCAAGGAAUUGCUCUUACCUUUACAUUCACUCUCUUUUUCCAAAGCAUGACAAACAGCUAGAAGAGCCUAGUAGAGGGCAGUGUAAACUUUGUUCUCCUCUCUUUCUACCUCCCCUCGCCCCGCACCUCCCUUUUGCGCUCUUCUCCGCUACUUGACUCAACUCCGGUCCAAACCCCAGCCUGCUUUGGACAGAGCCACAAAGCAGGCGCGUGGGGAGGUUUGACCCUGCUUGUAGAUAUUGUUCCUCUUUUCAUUUUUCCAAUAAUGUCUCUUGUAUCUGAUGUCCACAUAUGCUGGCCUUGUGUAUAUCCAGAAAAAUGGACUUUGUUUUGGGUUUGUUACCUUUCAUUUUCCUCCUUUAAGUUCGGGCUGAGCAGUGAAGACAGAGCAAGGACGCUUGUUUCUGAAAGGAAGCCCCACAUUGUACUUAUUGUUUGAUUUGUUGUAUCUAUAUUAAUGAGAUGAAACCCCACUUCUAGAAUAUUUUGUAUUGCUCGCAUUGUAAGACAGUGAGAGGACGGAGGUGCAAUAUGAAGAGAAUUCAGCUACUGAAUGGAACCUCAGCAACUGCCCGUAGGGUGUCAUAUAAUAUAGAUACAUAUAGAUAUAUUUAAAGUAACAUCAGUAACUUAAUGUGAAUGUACAUAGUAUUUAAAAAGGUCCAAAAAUGUGUUUGCCAAAUAACAAAAAAACCUUUAAAAUUUAAUGUCCAGAAUAUGAUUUUCUCACAGUGCAUUUGUUUCUCAAAUUUUUUCACUCAUAAUAGUUAAACACUUUUUCGAUUUUCCCUUAACUCAAAGUGUCAUGUGAUCCUGAGUGGUGGAGAGUGUUGGUAACAGAGGAUUUAAGUAGCUCCAUCAAGCAGAAGGGGACGCAACAGCGCGUAUUUUCGUCUGCUAUUGAUAUAAAGGCCCAACAUAGUCAUUUCUAAUGAGGAUUAAAGGUGGCGGUCCAGUUUGAAGGUGCUCAAUUCAUUUUAAGUUUUAAAGUGUCCACCUCAUUAUGUUUUUUUUGUUGUUUUUUUUUUUAAACCACCAUUUUAGCUCAAGCUCCACUGCAGUGACCUUGGUGAUCCUCUCUCUUGGUUCUCAUUGAUCUGUGUGAGGUGGAGAGCGUUAUUUCUUCUUGUGCUGCAAGACAAACCGUUACUUAGGAUGAAUGGAUAUGCCAGUGUUAAGCUAACAUUAAAACAAAGUUUUAUAAUCAAUCUUUAAAAUUUAGCUUUUUUGUAAUUUGAGCAUAAGCUGCAAAUUUGGGACAGUUCCAUAUUUCAAGGCCAAGAGAGUGGCAUCACCUCUUUCCGUGUGUUCAUUGUAUUUUUUCCAGUCGUUCCCAUAUAUUUCACCAAAAAACACGUUUGUGUUCUACAGACUCGAUGCCUUUUACUGCGAUUAUUGUUAACCUUACAUGGCUGGUGUCAUUCACACUUGGACCAAACUUAGUAGAAAAAAGAAAAGCUAUUAAAUCAAAAAUAGAUUUUUUUUGUGGACUAUCUCAAACCUUUAAUUCAAACAAGAUAAACUGCAAGGUACCCCUGCACCUGUGUGUAGCAUAUGUGUAUGUGAGUUAUGAUUACCGUGUUAUAGUGUUGACCUCAGCCUUUUUAUGUAACAUGCUCCUUUCCCCCCCCUGAUGUCUAAUUUUCCUCUACUACCACCACAGACCACUCCACACUACCCACCCACCCCUCUUUCACACUAGCUACCUCCUGUGAGCAUACAGCUAACCACCAGGAGAUGCUGACCUGGACUUUGAAAAGCUGGGUUGAGAGCAGACAUGGAGACACACUCACAUUCAUAAGUGAUUAUACCAAUCUGUGCUGAAAGGAAUUGUCAUUACUCAUGAUGUGGAAAAAAUAUGAACUCCGACCAGACUAAAACUCAGUGAUUCCAUUAACGAAAUGGAUGUUGGAAAUUAGUAGUAGUCUCAUAGUCAUAGGCCUGCAUAUUACUGAACCCACUACGACAUGCCAUUUGUUGUCCGAAACCAAUAAAAGCACAGACCAAAGUACUCCUAAUUUACCAUUGAAGGCUCUGAAAUGGCAUGUAUUAACAGGCCACAAGUAAUAAGGAUUACGCUCCUAUUCACCAUUUAACCAAAGUAGCUGAAAUACAGGCACUCAGAGUCCAUGAGUUGCUCAACAAACCAGUUGAGUUUCAUACCCCAGCAGUCUUGUUGACGACAUAUUGAGCAGUGAUUCCCUACAAACUACAGAAGCAUCACCUCUUCGAACCCUGGCUAACCGCAUGUUUUUACAGUUACAAAGCCUUGCAGAGAAAAAAAUGAAUGCACAGCGAGUGUUUGAGUGUGAAUGGUGUGCGUUUGUGAUUUUUUUGUAAAAAAGACUAAAAAGACUAAAAAAAUCUUUGUAUCUCUGUAAAACUACUUGAAAUCUUCAGAGCUUUAAUGAAAAAUCUUAGCCAGAAAAAAGUGGAAUAUUGCAGUUUUGUGCAGUACAGUACCACGUUUGUGUACAACAUCGACAUUGCAACAACAAUGUGAUGACAGUUCCAUUCAACUCGAGUGCUUUGUGUGUACCUCCUUGUCUGCGAGUAAGCCCUUGUGUAAACUAAACAAAGCCAAACCCAAUAGACCGUUUAUAAAUGACCAAAAUACAACCAAAAGCUGCAACUUUCUUCUUUAGGUUCUACUUUUGCUAAGGGUUUUGUGUUAUGUCCCAGCAGUAAAGAUCCUCAGCUUUGAUUGCAUGGGAUGUGAGGCAGCAAGCCUACAAAAGCUGUAGAGGAAAGAGCAAACUGUCCUUUACUGAGAUUCUCCCUCUUGAAAUCAUAGGAUGGCAGGAUGCAAAAGAUCAGACUAAUGUUCCGUUUGCAGUUUGUGCUGUGGUGUCACUUACUUUUCUCGAUAAAGAUAUUAUAGAUGGCAAACGCAUAAGGGCUCUCUGCUGUUGUGAGUACAAACGAAGGGUCUUGUAGAACUAAACAUCAGCCAGUUUAUAUUUGUUAAACUGUGUACCCGAUAAGGGCAAAACACAUAUUUUUUUUUAGAGAAGACAAAUAUUAGCAGGUUGGUAUUUGUCUUUCUCUGUCCUAACUAGUAACUUCUGCUGGUGACGUUUCAAAGCUCAUCUGAUGUGAUGGUGACACAUCCUUCCUGUGAAACAGGCUCCGAUGACUAGAAAGCUGGAGGUGGCCAACAGUGGAUACAGCACUUGUUUUCCCAUAAGCCAUGGCUCAGGAUGGUCUUGUUUUUACCUUUACAUAAACUGAACAAAAGGUUUAUGGUUUUAUAUGUGUAGGGAAGCAUUCUAUACUGUAUUGUGCAAUACAUUAUUACAGAAAAAAACAAUGUUUCUGUAGGAAAGGUUGCAGAUUUGAAGAUCUUUCCCGUUUUGUUUAAUUUCCCUCUUCCGACAGUCCUGUUGCCAUUUUUAGAUGAAGUAAACUGUGCCAGAAGAAUUAAAUUCUGAUUUGUAUUUAUUUCUUGCAUGCUUUCCUCCCUGUUGCUAAUACCGCUCUUUAACUGUUCGCUCUGUUGGAUGUGUGAAGCUGUAAAACAUUCUAAUUCAGGUUAUUGUCUGUGUUGAACAAUGUAACUGUGUAAUUAAAACAUGA